AUGCAAUUCUUUCCAAAGGCUGACGCCGUUCUCCUAACGCCACCGCCAGACGCCCAAAGCCCCGUCCGCCCCACGACCAUCAGCCCAAUCUAUGAUGCCGACAACGUCGGAACGCCGAUCGAGCCCUGGGUUCGCGAAAAGGAGUCGCGCCUGUACCCGCCAAAGCUAGACCCUUAUGCGCCUUCGUCGAUACCGGAAGAGACAAGCGACCUCACUUCCGGAUAUCUGCGAGCUCAUUUGGCCAAGAAUGAGCGACUACGACUGUCUAUGCUAUGGUACUACGGGCGGGAUCUCGAAAAAGAGCCCGAACUGCUUGCAGGCCUGCAGGAAAAGACAUGUCUUGCCCAAGAAUCCUCAGGCUGGGAGUUUGCCGUGGUUGGGGUGCUCGAUGUCAACGUCUACAUUCGGCUGGCGACGGUCGGCCUCAAGCUUGGCAUCUUACCCCGCGGCGAAACGCUUUGCGCGCACACCGUCACGCAGCCACCUGGUAGCGUGUUCCUCCUUCCGAACCUUCAGGAGGACUGGAGAUUUCGAGACUGUCCCUACGCCGAGCAAGGCGGCUUGCUAGCCUACGCCGGCGUCCCUCUUCGAAUGCAACACGAAUCUGGCGAGUGCGUCGGACUAGGCUCGCUAUGCGUCGCCUCGAACACCCCCCAACCUCCUUUGUCUCAACAGCAGCAACAGACGCUCACUCGAUUGGCCGAUUGGGUGGUAGCCGAUAUCGUGCAGUGCACACGAGCGCGACGCCAACGAGAGCGCCGUCGACUCGCCGACCUAGUCGCCAGCGUCGAAAAUAGCAACGAAAAUCAAGACUCUCAUGAGUCAGUGCUGAGAAUACUACGAAUCGCCUAUCCGAGCGAGGUAAUCCGCAUACAGCCAUCGGACGCAGAUCGGUGCGACGUCAAUGGGCCAGAUACCGUUCUGCCACCGGGUCUAAAGAAUGGGCUCUGGGAAGACACCGCCUACGUUGACGAGUUUAUCGCGACGUCGAAUCAAAAUGCUACACCGACAGACAGGAUAGUGCGCCUAAUGUCCUCGCAAUGCGACACCGAACUAGGCCACUCGUUGCUAGUUGUUGGGACCAAAGAUUUUCGACGGAUAUUUGACGAUGUGGAUGCAUGGUUUCUCCAGGCUUGCGCAAACCUGAUCACUCAGAUAUGGCAGCGAUGCCUCCUCACCGAGGCAAUAAGGGCCAAGGAGACGUUCCUUCGUGGGAUAUCUCAUCAGCUUCGAACACCGCUCCAUGGAAUUCUCGGUGCUGCUGAACUUUUGGCUGAGGAUUUGAAAGCACUUUCUGUGUCCAAAGCCCUCUUGAGGCCGGCAUUGGCAGAGGCAACAUCCCCUGGAACUGCAGACAAGGCGUCGUUGUAUCUUGAUACCAUCUCUGGCGCAGGGCGAGAGCUGAUGUCGACCGUCAACAGCAUGAUCACCCUGAACAGGUGGGCCGACAUUGCCUUGUCCGAAAGACGAUACGCCACGUAUGACAUUGGUGAUCUGGAGGAUGAGCUCUUGAAGCAGGUGUCAGAAACCUCGUCAAGUCAAGCAGGCUUGGACGCUUCAGUAUUUUUCCACAGAGACUUGCCCCGAAACGACACAAAGCUCCGAACGGACAUGAACCUUCUUCGAGAUGGCAUCUGGCCCCUUGUCAAUAAUGCCAUUCAAAACACGCCCAAUGGCGUCGUUCUUGUCAGAUUCUCCAUGCGCCCGGGUACGAAAACAUUCAUGGUUGAUGUGGAAGAUACAGGCUGUGGCAUUCACCCGCAGGACCAAGAGCGCAUCUUUCAGCUGUAUGAAAAGGUCGAUGAGCAUUCUACAGGUUCUGGACUGGGCUUGACUAUUUCAAGCAAGUUUACAGCCCUACUUCAUGGCUCAAUUGAGCUCGUCUCGACACGUGUGGAUCGCGGCUCCCAUUUCAGAGCUACAUUCAACGACAUGGCUCAUACAAACCCGACUGAAGACCCGCCUGCUGCGUUUUCUUUCGAACAUUUACCGCUCAAAUACUAUUCACUAGAGACCGACCCGCUUGACAGCCACCUGUCUUCAAAUUUCGUCAAGUUCCUGACACACAAGGGUUUCGUCCCCUCGGAGAGCACCACCACGGAAUGCUUUACAAUACUCGAGUGCAGCAACGACUUGGAGCAAUUCCAUGCCAAGACUGCAAUAAUACCGCCAGAGCAGGUCGCCAUCUGCCUGGUGGCCAAGUCGAUCGAGACAGAUUCUCUUGAGAGGUUGCCGAAUGUUAUAUAUGCUCGAGCGCCGUUCUCAACAUCGAAGCUUCUCAGCACACUUGCUGUGGCCGACGAAGUAGCUGCGGUGCUUCAGGCAUCGUCAACGAGUGUCGCCGUGACAGAGACCGUCCCUGAAACAGAGAAAAGUUCUGGUGGGCUAUGCUCGCCUUCAAAUACAGACGAAGGAUACAGCUCUAUGGAUGGGACGUCGCCUCAGCUCCAGAGUGACGCGAGCCAGAUUGCUGAACUUGACAGAGGAUCAAGCUCGAACUCUUGCUUGUUGCCGACAAGCGAGUCCGCGGAUGCGACCCCGCUAGAACGUUCGCUGCCGCCCUUGCUACCCAUACGAUCAGCCACGCCCCUGGUGCUCGUGAUCGACGACAAUUUGGUCAACCUUCGCAUCCUGCAGAUGUACUGCAAGAAGCGCGGACUGCCAUUCCUCAGCGCCGCGGACGGCAAGCAAGCUGUCGACGUCUUUUCGAAGCACCAAGCAGUCUGUGCUGCGGGCGGCGGCGCGUCCAUUGAGCUGGUUCUCAUGGACCUCCAGAUGCCGGUAUGCGAUGGCCUCGACGCAACCGAGCAAAUACGCUCGCUGGAGCAAGACAAUUCGUGGGGCGCGAGCGUUGUCUUCAUGGUCACGGGCCAGGACAGCCACUCGGAUCGACAAGCAGCGAGUGCGGUUGGCACCGAUGACUACAUGGUCAAGCCGAUUGGCAUGGCGCGUCUGGACAUGGAAGUGAAGCGGUAUUUUCCUUUAUUCAAGGCACGGUCUGUCUAG